GAUAAAAAAGUGACAAAAGGAGGACAGCGAUAGAGGCUGGCUCUGCCCUGGUUUUGUCAAGUCGCUGUUCUUCUUUUCUUGAUCAUCCUUUUCCUCCAGUAUUUAACAUUAAAUCACAUCCUUUUACAAUUCACAGACAAACCCCUCUCCCACCUUUUACUCUUCCUUCUGACUUUCAUUACAUUUGGCUUCUCUCUUCCGCCCCCAUUUGCUGUUCUUUUGUUUGCUUUUGAAAACAAGGGAAAAGAAAAGCAGAAGUAGAGUCUGAAUUCUGAAACCACCCUAUAGUUUUCAGUUUAGUUUUAAUAGUUAGAAAGCAUAAACAGCUCAACCCUUUUUUUAUUUUUAGCUCUUGACAGAAAGACACUCUCACACUCUCACUUUCAUUAGCAAACGGCUAGCUAGCUACCACUGAAGAAAAGAAAUGACUAAAGAAGAAGACUUUAAACUCCUUAAGAUCCAGAUUUGUGUUCUCAAAGUGAACAUUCACUGUGAUGGCUGUAAGCAGAAAGUUAAGAAACUUCUUCAGAGAAUUGAAGGUGUUUAUCAAGUAAAUAUAGAUGCAGAGCAACAGAAAGUCACAGUUUCAGGGAGUGUGGAUUCUGCAACAUUGAUCAAGAAAUUGCUCAGAAAUGGGAAACAUGCAGAGCUUUGGUCCCAAAAGUCUAAUCAAAAUCAAAAUCAAAACCAAAACCAAAACCAGAAGCAAAAGAUCAACUGCAUCAAGGAUGACAAGAAGAACAACAAUCAAGGUCAGAAGCAAGGGUUGAAGGGGCUUGAGGCCUUCAAGAACCAGCAGAAGUAUCCUACAUUCAUGUCUGAAGAUGAUGAGUAUUUUGAUGAUGAAGAUGAUGAGGAGGAUGAGUUGAACUUUCUCAAAGCAAACCAACUGGGUCAACUUGGUUUGCUCAGGCAACAAGCCAUGGAUGCAAGUAAUGCAAAGAAAGGUGUUGGAGGCAUGCCUGCUGGUGCUAACAUCAAUAAAAUGAACAACAAUGUUGGAAAUGCAAAUGCUGGAAACAAAGGGAAUCAAAAUCAGGGUCUGGUAGGAAUGAAAAACUUUGAUCCAAGUGGGAUUGAUGCUAAGACUAUGGCAGCUUUGAAAAUGAACAAUGUUUUGGGAGAUGGUAAAAGGGCAAAUGACAUUAAUGCCAUGAUGAGUGGUCUUGGAGGUGGUAAUGUUUUGGGAGAUGGUAAAAGGGCAAAUGACAUUAAUGCCAUGAUGAGUGGUCUUGGAGGUGGUAAUGCUGCUUCAAAUGCUGCUGUUUUGGGAGGGAAUCCCAAUGGUCUAGGAGGGUUUCAACUAGUUCAACCCAACAAUGGGUACCAGAAUUCAAAUGUUACCGGUCAACAGUAUCCCUCAUCCAUGCUCAUGAGCAUGAAUGGUGGAUACAACCAUCCACCAUCACAAAUGAUGAUGAACAUGAACAUGCAAAAUAGGCAUGCCAUGCAACAACAGCCCCAAAUGAUGUAUCAUAGGUCAUCGUUCGUUCCUCCUAACGCAGGGUACCUCUACAAUUACAACUCUGCUCCUGAUCCAUACUAUCCAUACCCUGAACAGCCACCCCUAAAUUAUAGUGGUGACCACUCAGCUACCGCAGCCCUAUCAUCCCAUAUGUCUAGUGAUGAAGAUACAAGCAGCUGCACAAUAUUGUAAUGAAAAGUUUGUAGAAGAGAGAGAAUAAUAAUGCUUGACUUCAAAUUCUCUCUUUAUGGAAACUGGGGACUUUUGAAGACUGUAGUAUUUUGUAAUGUGUCUUCCUCGUGAAUCGUAUCAGUGUGUGUUGGUGAUUCUCUUUUUUAUUCAACCGAGCAAGCACUACGUAUUUUGUUUUA